AUGGUAUCCCCUCUUACCCUCCGCCACCUCCGGUCUACCAGCGCCGUUCUCCGCACCUUCUCCCAUCCUUUCCGCCCCACUCGAGCUUUCUCAACAGGUAUACAAGCUAAACGCGAUGAUGCUAACAGCCAAUUCGGAAACGCUCCAUCUCCACCCCGACUCCCUAAAGAAGAGCAAGAAAUCUUCGAGAACCUCCAAAAACAAUCAACCGGUGCCUUUAGCACCCCCAGAUCACCUCCGCAAAUCAACCAAUCCCCCCAGUCAGCAGAUUCCUCCUCUUCCUCCCCACCAAUAGCUGCCAGCCCGCAAGUCGAGGUUAGCGGAUCAGGCGAGAACGUACAUCCAGAUCUCUUCCGAGGGGCAAAACCUGAGUUUGAUGGUGAGACAAAUCCCAAAACUGGUGAGGUUGGGGGCCCGAAGAACGAGCCCUUGAGAUGGGGUGCGAAAGGGGAUUGGAGCUUCAAUGGGAGGGUUACGGACUUUUAA